UAAGACUAAAGGAAACUACUACAAGCAAAGGAAGGGAGAGGUGACCAGGAGCACUGCGGCUAUCAGUUUAUUACAGAAACAACUUGUUAAUAGUAAGAUGGAGAGGUACACUCACGCAUGCGCCAUUUAGAACACUAACUGAACAAUCCUAAGUGCCGUCCGAUACCCUGUGCGCCUGCGUAAAGAUAGGAGCGAGCCGAGUGGUAAUGCGCAUGCACCGAGUUGAAAACGAAAGUAAACAAAGACACGCUGAUGAACGUAGGUGAAGGCGCCAGGAGGCGCGCACAGAUGAGGUACCAGGCAUAUCACAUCAGGUAUCAAUCAAAAAUUAAAGGACCAGAUUCUCCCUUCUCGCAUGUGCAUGGACUAUUUAAAGUUUUGUUGAAAACCUAAGAAUACAGUAUACUACAAGCAACCUAAGCCAAGAGCGAUCCAAUGGCAAACAGCUCACAUGGGCCAGUGGAAGAGCAAGUACCAUGCCUCAGUAAUCUAACAGUGGAAAAUGUCACCAAGUUAGAGCUGGAAUAUGAUUCUUUUGAUGGUGAAAGACGUAAGGUAGAGGACUACAUAAGGAAGAACCAACAGCUAGAGGAACUAAAGAGAAGUACAGGACUCUCAUCUCCCGAAACACAGGAGAAAGAUGUGAUAAAAAGAGGAACUAACACAAUUGUGGAUGACCUUUAUAUAUAUGCUGACAGAAAUGAAACACAAACAGAACAUCUAGCAGACAAGAGAAGGAGACAGGUGACAAACAGAGAAAAAUGUUCUCACAAAAAUGUACAGACCCAGACAGAAUGUAAUAGGCUUUCUGUUACAACCACCAGUAAAGAUGCCGGGAUUCCUGACACAGCUGAUUUAGACACAAAAAUGUCUACAUCAAAAGUAAUCGAACAACGUUGCGUGAAUAGUGAAAACAUUGUAGAAAGAUGGGCUUCAGAUGAUGGCACUAAGACACUUGAGCAGCUCCCACUGAGUUGUGAAGAUGAUCCUCCAAGGGAAAUGGAAGCCACCUUGUCAUUUUGUGAAUUCUGCCUCUUGCCUAAAAAACCUUUUCCAUCUAUUGAACAGCUUGCUUCAGAACCCGGCAGUACGCUAUUUUGCUGUGUGAAAAUCCAGGAACUUUUUCAGUACAUGAUUAUGGAUACCAUUGAGUCGAAUACACCUGAGAAAACCGAGGAAGAGACUGAAGAUGAACAAACACCAUUUCUCAUAUCUGAAGAGAUGAAAGCUCUGUAUGAACUCAGAGAACAGAUAAAGAAUAUAGACACUAAGGAAUACAUUUCUUAUCUAUCAAACCAUCAGACUACACAUGGAUCUCUUUUUUCGAUGGAGAAAAUAUCUUUUACCCUGGCUUCAGCUGCUGACACCAUCAUAAACUAUGCACAAACAAAUGAUGUAUUUUUUGAUCAAGCUCACAACAUUGACGACUAUUUUAUUCCAAUUAUGGACAAUGAACUAAUAAAGAAACCCAAAGAGACUAUCAAGCAGUGUUACAGUUCUGGACAUAAUUUCCUCAUCCUCUUUCCAGAUGGGACAGGACAGGUGCUAUAUCCAUCAGGAAAUAUUGGUAUCUUGAUGGCCUGUUCAAAACCCACCCGUUUUAUCUUUAUCAUAUUGGAGGAUACUGAGAAGAAACCAAAGAUUCAAGCCAUUUUUAUGAGUAAUGGUCAUGCAGCCUGCUACCACCUUAAUGGAAAGCUUUGGGCUGUAUUAGAUCCAUGUGGUGGUUCUUACUUUGAUGAGAAUGGGAUCCAGAAGAAGCACUGGACUUGGUGGGAUUUUAGCCGGCACGUGCACGCUCCCCCUUUCCAACCAAUCACAUUAAUGAUCAAUUCCAAUGUUGAAGUUAAAAUCAUAAAACAGGAUCAAGUCUAUCUGUCAUUUUCAAAAGACAAAGAGAAAGUUACCUACAACGUUGGGGCUAAACUUUUGUGGAAAGAUCCCGAAAUAGCUUUCAAAAUGAAGUGGAGCACUGGUGAGACUGAGCUUUAUUGUUCUUCUAAAAAACUUGAAAUCUUCCGCCUUCUAAACAAAAUCCGCAAACUAGUGAAAAUCUCAGCUACGUCUAAAGACAGAGAAGUAAUGGUCCAAGAAUACAUUUCCCAGCUGCAGAAAUCUUUAAACUCCAUUAUUACACUCACCAACAGGCAGGAGAAUAUGUCCAAUGUUCUCAAAACAAAGGGAAUACAAGACUGUGUGAAGUAGAAGCCUUAUCCCCACGCCAAAUGCACCUUGUCCUCUGAAACUGAAAUGCAUGAAGGUGAAGAAAAUGAGACAACAAACAGCAGGAACAAGCCAAAAUAAAAUCCUUGCACCAUGAGACAUACAAUGGGAAGUAAUACCUAGUUAAAUCUACUGAUCAGUAGUGUUGCUCGCGAAUAUUCGCAAUUCGAAUAUUAUUCGCGAAUAUCGCGAAUAUAGCGCUGUAUAUUCGUAAUUACGAAUAUUCGUUUUUUUUUUUUUUUCUUCACAGUACACAUCACAGUGAUCACCCCUCUCUGCUUCCAGCUUGUGUGGUGUAAAGAAGGCUGUAAUACUACUGUGUGAGACAGGCGUGUGAAAAUUCGCAUAUGCGAAAAUUAGCAUAUGCUAAUUUUCGCAUACGCGUAUUUCCGCACACGCGAAAAUAAAACAAGAAUAUAACGAAUAUGCGAAUAUUCGCGAAUAUAUGACGAAUAUUCGUCCAUAUAUUCGCGAAUAUUCGCGAAUUCGAAUAUGGCCUAUGCCGCUCAACACUACUGAUCAGCAUAAAAUGAGUCCAUUGGGCCCUCAUAGUACAGCUUGAAACAGGGCUCAUUCCCCGGUGGCUGACCUUAGCUGCAAUAAGUUUAAGAAAGGGACAGUUUGUGUGGUGGUUUUAAGUCUUUAUGUUAUCUUUUGAGUCCAUUCCAUUCCUAUGUUUAUUGUCCUCUGGUCCUUACAUUUCAUUGUUCCCUGUGUGUUCAAUUCUCCUACUCACUGAAUCCCCUCCGAGUUGCUUUGCUCCAUAACAGGUGCUACCUGAACUACAAGUCAUUGGCUCCCCCCUUGACUGAUAGAUCUAUCCAUGUUUGGGUAUAGGAAGAGUUCUAUCGGUCAAGCUGGCAGGGCAGGGAGAAGCCACUGGGGGCCACCUGGAUGACUUGUGAUUUAGGUUCCCUUUAAAAUGUAUGCCUACUGUAUGAUAAAUGUAGAAGUUACUAUAAACCUACAUAGGUUAAAUCUAUAUAUUAUAACUGUAUAUUACUAUAAAUAUCACUGAAAUGACCUGGGAUCAAAUUUUAUCAAUGAUUAAUGUUGUUUUUAGUGUUUAUUAGUAAUGUUUUUUUGGGUAUUCAUUAUUUACUAACAUUUGUGUGGUAUGUUACCAUAGAUACAGUACAUGACUGUAUACAUGACUAUUGCUUUGUUAACCUGCACAAAUGGGUUAUCCAGGGUUUUAUUAACUUCUCACUAUUGUGCCUGUGAUGCCAAGUUAUGUCUUAAGUGUUUUACUUGCCUUACAUGUGUGGGGUGGAUCGACCCCUUUUUUGUGAUUUCAUGGUCCCCCCAGGCUCAGCAUUCUUCGAUGUCUGGAUAACUGGUUGUCUCGAGCUUUUCCCGGAUCCUGUUUGGUUCGAGACAACAGCUGGUCAUAGGGGAGGAGGCUCAUACAGCUGGACCUCACACAUCAUCAGGGGGCUGGGUUGUCAGGGAAGAAAAGCCAAGCCCCUUGUGAUCAGUUGUUGUCUCGAGCCGAACAGGUGUCACAGGCAUGAAAGGGAAAAGUUAAUAAAACCUAGAUAACCCCUUUAAGUGUUGUAAAUUUUUAUUUAAAUAAAGUUUAAAGCAUAACUGUCGUUAGAAUAAGCUUUUUUCAUUUAAUACUUCUUUAAAAACUAAGCAUUUUCCUAAUAUGCUUCAUUAAAAAAUUUGAUUGCUAAAGAUGUGAAACAAUUGUUUAAGAAAACGGCUACUAUGGGUCUUUGUUUCUUUAAUUUUGCAAACAACCCCUGGUAACCAAGUCCUUUUGGUCCAGCAACCAGAUAUUUAGAACCACUUCUCUGAGGGGAGGGGGUAGAAGGCGAGUGGUUAUCUCUCUGCUGUGCCUCAGUGUAGUCCAGGGGUCUCAAACUCCCGGCCCGCAGGCCAUUUGUGGCGCACUGAAUGAAAUUUUGUGGCAGGGAUCUGGAAUUUGUAUUGCCCGACGCCCAGGACAUGCAGUUCUCGAGAAGGUUAUUUCUUCAGGCAUUAAAAUGCCAGAAGACUUCACACACUUUGGCAAACACUGCUACAUGGGACCCGGGGCACAUAUGACGGGGCAAAUAGUCUUGCCCGUCACAAAACUGCUACUUCCAUCUGCCUGCGGGGAUUUCCUGCUAGCGAAAUAUGAGCGAAAUUCAAAAGGUGCAAUAUUUAUUAAGGCCGUGCACCUUUAUAGUAAAUGUGGUGCAAAUUAGCCAAAAAAAAGCCCCAAAAAUUCUGCCAGGGAAUACGGCAUCCUAAAGCCAAAAUUGAUAAAUGAAAAGUUUAAAUGAUGCAUAAUUAUAACACAUAUCCAGACUGGAUUUUGUCUAGAUCACAUGAACUAUUGAGCCAUUCGAUCAGUUUGCUGUGCUAUAUGUAACAUUUCUUUUCAAAUACCUUGAUUUAUUGAAAAAAAUAUAUAGUUUUUGGCAUAAACAAAAUUUCAUUGAUAAAAUGACACGUUUAGUCAAGAAACUCCCUGAAAUCUCCUUCACACUUUAUGAGUGCAAGGUCUUAAUAAGCUUGUCUGGGCUCAUUACUAAACUACUUAAUAUAAAUGUAAAUGUAGCUCUCAGACAUCUGGACAGCAAAAGCUAAAUGCAAUUAAACUAGAGAAAUACAAAGACUACAAAAGAUAGGACCUGCACAGCUGGCAAUAAGGGAAGUGCUGGGAGACUUUAAGGUGUGAAAAUGUGUGAAUUAUUUAUCAGGUGACUGAUAUAUAUACCUGAUUAAAGAUGUGCUCGGGUAAAGGGAGAUCCGUCAGCCAGUCCAGCUUAAUGAUAGGAAUUAAGUGGAGAAAUGAAGAAGAU